UUUCCAGGAAGUUGAAUGCCCUUUCUUGCAUGUUUGAUUAUUGGUCUGUGUAUUUGGAGACGUACAGUAAGAUGAGUGUGCCUUCCUGACAAAAGCCCUUUUUGAAGCUAGAAGACAAUAAGAGUAGGGAUGGCAUUACCAAAGGCAGUUGGAUAUAUGAUUGUUCUUCUGGCUAUAUACUACAGUCUGGAGAAUCAGGGAUACAGACAGUCUCUGGGUGCAUUCUUUGAGGAAUUGAUGGGAACAAAAGCAUCACCGAUUCAUACCAGAGAAAAAAGACAAGCUGCCUCAAAUUCCUCCGAUUAUGUACUUCAAGUUGUUAUAAACAUCUCUGACCUGGACCGUCUCAGAGAUGUUUUGAGCCAACUCCCUCUUCCUUUACCGAUCAACAGCACUGUUCAGAUUACCACCAUCAAAGCCACAACAGUGUGUCAGUCAAAUACGACUGGAUACCAGUGCAGAUGUGAGGAGAACUUUGCUUGGUCAUAUAACAACUGCAUUAGCCACGGGGCCUGUGAUACCAUCAGUGGUGACACAUGUGGAUGCAUUAAUGCCCUUCCAGCUGAUGGCCAGUUCUGCCAGCUAAACACCAGUCUACCAGUGACAACUCCACCAACGCCAUCACCUACAUCUCCAAAUGAUCCAGUGGACAUUGAUUUAGUCGUUGACUUGCGCAUCCCAGCCUCCAGCAUGUUAUCAAAUUUGAACCUAUUUAGGGACACACUGAGAAAUUUCAGCUUCCCUCUAACCAUCACUCCAACUGUGGUACUAGUAGACUUAAAUUUCACAACAGUGUGCUAUCCAAACUCAACUGGAGGUCUGUGGUGUCAGUGUGAGGCGCAGUUUGCUUGGUCAUGUGACAAGUGUAACACCUAUGGUGCGUGCAAUAACACCACCUCACACACCUGUGAUUGCAUCAAUGGACUGCCUUCUGAUGGAGGGUUCUGUGAACCAAUCACAAAUGUCACACUGUGUCCAACCCCAAGUCCUGAGAUUACAACAACUACACCAAUGAUGACGACAACUACACCAAUGAUGACGACAACUACACCAGCGAUGACAACAACAACGAUGCCACCACCACCAAGCGAUCCAGUGGACAUUGAUUUAGUCGUUGACUUGCGCAUCCCAGCCUCCAGCGUGUUAUCAAAUUUGAACCUAUUUAGGGACACACUGAGAAAUUUCAGCUUCCCUCUCACCAUCACUCCAACUGUGGUACUAGUAGACUUAAAUUUCACAACAGUGUGCUAUCCAAACUCAACUGGAGGUCUGCGGUGUCAGUGUGAGGCGCAGUUUGCUUGGUCAUGUGACAAGUGUAACACCUAUGGUGCGUGCAGUAACACCACCUCACACACCUGUGAUUGCAUCAAUGGACUGCCUUCUGAUGGAGGGUUCUGUGAACCAAUCACAAAUGUCACACUGUGUCCAACCCCAAGUCCUGAGAUUACAACAACUACACCAAUGAUGACGACAACUACACCAAUGAUGACGACAACUACACCAGCGAUGACAACAACAACGAUGCCACCACCACCAAGCGAUCCAGUGGACAUUGAUUUAGUCGUUGACUUGCGCAUCCCAGCCUCCAGCGUGUUAUCAAAUUUGAACCUAUUUAGGGACACACUGAGAAAUUUCAGCUUCCCUCUCACCAUCACUCCAACUGUGGUACUAGUAGACUUAAAUUUCACAACAGUGUGCUAUCCAAACUCAACUGGAGGUCUGUGGUGUCAGUGUGAGGCGCAGUUUGCUUGGUCAUGUGACAAGUGUAACACCUAUGGUGCGUGCAGUAACACCACCUCACACACCUGUGAUUGCAUCAAUGGACUGCCUUCUGAUGGAGGGUUCUGUGAACCAAUCACAAAUGUCACACUGUGUCCAACCCCAAGUCCUGAGAUUACAACAACUACACCAAUGAUGACGACAACUACACCAAUGAUGACGACAACUACACCAAUGAUGACGACAACUACACCAGCGAUGACAACAACAACGAUGCCACCACCACCAAGCGAUCCAGUGGACAUUGAUUUAGUCGUUGACUUGCGCAUCCCAGCCUCCAGCGUGUUAUCAAAUUUGAACCUAUUUAGGGACACACUGAGAAAUUUCAGCUUCCCCCUCACCAUCACUCCAACUGUGGUACUAGUAGACUUUAAUUUCACAACAGUGUGCUAUCCAAACUCAACUGGAGGUCUGCGGUGUCAGUGUGAGGCGCAGUUUGCUUGGUCAUGUGACAAGUGUAACACCUAUGGUGCGUGCAGUAACACCACCUCACACACCUGUGAUUGCAUCAAUGGACUGCCUUCUGAUGGAGGGUUCUGUGAACCAAUCACAAAUGUCACACUGUGUCCAACCCCAAGUCCUGAGAUUACAACAACUACACCAAUGAUGACGACAACUACACCAAUGAUGACGACAACUACACCAGCGAUGACAACAACAACGAUGCCACCACCACCAAGCGAGGAGGACAUCGAUUUAGUCAUUGACUUGCGCAUCCCAGCCUCCAGCAUGUUAUCAAAUUUUAACAUAUUUAGGGACACACUGAGAAAUUUCAGCUUCCCCCUCACCAUCACUCCAUCUCUAAAAUUAACAGGUGUAAAUUUCACUACAGGGUGUUCUCCAAACUCAACUGGAGGUCUGCGGUGUGAGUGUGAGGAGCAGUUUGCUUGGUCAUGUGACAAGUGUAACACCUAUGGUGCGUGCAAUAACACCACCUCACACACCUGUGAUUGCAUCAAUGGACUGCCUUCUGAUGGAGGGUUCUGUGAACCAAUCACAAGUGUCACUCUGUGUGAACCAAAUCCUGCGAAUAUAACAACACCACCACCAAGUACGACAGCGACAACGCCAAUGCCAACAACUACAACAACACCAAUGCCAACAACUACAACAACACCAAUGCCAACAAAUACAACAACACCAAUGACAACAAAUACAACAACACCAGUGACAACAACAACACCAAUGCCAACAACUACAACAACACCAAUGCCAACAAAUACAACAACACCAAUGACAACAACAACGCCAAUGCCAACAACUACAACAACACCAAUGCCAACAAUUACAACAACACCAAUGACAACAACUACAACAACACCAAUGACAACAACACCACCACCAAUAACAACAACAGUGGCACCACCAACAACAGCAAUCGAGGAGAGGAGGUUGUCGUUUACCAUGGAGAGAGACUUUGAUCCUGCAUACAAUCAAACAAGCAAUGAAGUUUAUCAAGACACUAAUAAUGCUAUUCAAAAACAAAGUAAGAAGUACAUCAAAAAUCUGCAUUCAGUAACGUUAAGUGGAUUCAGGAGAGGAAGUACAAUUGCUGAUUAUACUGUCAGGGCACCUGCUUUUCAAGAAGGAGAGAUUGAAGCACUUGAAAUUGGGGUAUUUGAACAAAUGGCUGAAAAGUAUUCUAUGAUAUAUGACAGCCUUGUUUCCUUACCAUUUACACAACCUUUUUUCGGAACAAGUGUGACUAUUCCUUGUGGUCCCGCACCAUCAUUUCUCAAUUUUAGUGGCAGCUUCACUGCAGAGUGGAGACAUAAUGACAAGUUGAUACUUAAGGACAGUGAAUACAGCUUUAAACAAGACAAAGAAAAAGCAUAUUUAACCGUGUCAAGGUUUUUCAGCACUAACAAUGGAGAAUAUGAAUGUAGGCUGAAAGGCAAAAACACUUUCAGACAGAAAUCCAACAGAGUGUUCACCUUCAAAGAGCCACCCGUGAUCCGAAUAGAACCAGUAAAAAAAAAAGUUCGCUGUGUGGUUGGAAAGACUGUGAAAUUGGAUUGCUCUGUCAACAGCCCCUACAAGGUUGAGUUUAAAGACAUCUCUGCUGCAGGCACAGGGAGCACAAUCAGCUAUACAUAUACAAUUGCUGUCUGUGGAGCUGAGCAGAAAGUGAUGACGUUUACUUGUCAGGGGACAAACUUAACAGAAGUUAAAGGUGAAAUAACAAUAACACUGGUGUCAUCCACUGAAGCUUUUGACUGUGAUGAAGAAGCAUUUGGUGUUGGAAAGGUUGGUGACGAGGCUGAAGCUUCCUGCAAACCAAACGAGGAGGGAGAAAGGAUAGCAGUUUGUCAGAAAAAUGGCAAAUGGGACAUUGUAGACGACAGCUGCAUCCUAAAACCAAUUAAGGAGCUGCUUAACCAGUCUGAGUCCUUAACACCUACUUCACUGCCAGUUUUCUUGGGAGAACUCAGCGAAGUCACUGUCAACCUGACCAAGGAAGUGGUUGAAUCUCCUAACAACAUUAAUGCCAUUGUUGCUAUACUCAGCAAUGUAGCAAAUACAACAUCAUCUUUAGAGAUCUCAAUAACUAAAGCUUCAAUGGAGGAUAUCCUAAUAACUGCAGGUGUCCUCACCAUAGAUGGGGCAAAGGAUUCAUGGGACACUCUAAACACCAAAGAUACAGAGAGACAGACAAACAGCUCAGUAACAAGAAGUAGCAUCCCUGAACUUGAAAGUGUCAGCUCAUCAUUGUUGCAGUCUCUUGAGGUUGUCACAAGUAACCUUAACAAUAACUCCUUUGAGAUCGUGACACCUUCCAUUCUCUUGAACAAAACUACAUUCACAGACACAUUCAAUGCUGACUUUAAUGCUUCAGUGGAGAUCGACAUACCAGAAGAUGAUGGAAUAACUAAAGCAAUUACUGUGAUAACGUUUUCCUCAAUGGAUAACGUACUCCCUGCAAGAGACGAAGCCAAUUCAUCCGUCAAUGUCAUCAAUGGGAGAGUCAUACUUGUUCAGACGAGUGGCACCAUCAAUAAUAUUUCCUUUGCAUUCGAUGUUAUAAACGAUACUCUGAAUAACCCUCAGUGUGUUUUCUGGAACUUCAGCCUCUUCGAUGGUCUGGGGGGAUGGGACAAUGAGGGCUGCGAGUUGAUAACAAACGUAAAUGAAACCGUCACCUGCAACUGCAACCAUCUGACCUCAUUCUCUAUCCUUAUGUCACCCUACGCACUAAAUAUCCCUGCGUUGGAUUACAUAACCUACAUUGGAGUUGGCAUAUCCAUGGCUUCCUUGGUUAUAUGCCUCAUCAUUGAAGCUGUCAUAUGGAGAAAAAUAAGAAAGAACAACACAUCUUACUUGCGUCAUGUUUCCAUUGUUAACAUUGCUGUAUCUCUCCUGAUUGCAAACAUUUGGUUUAUUAUUGGGGCAGCCAUCUCAGACGCAGAGAAGAAAAACCAACCAGCUUGCACUGCAGCCACGUUUUUUAUCCAUUUUUUCUAUCUAGCCCUGUUUUUCUGGAUGUUAGCCUCAGCUUUGCUGUUACUCUACCGCACAGUCAGUGUCUUCGAUGGGGGUUUGUCUAAAAACUCUAUGCUGGCUAUUGGAUUCUCUCUGGGCUAUGGUGCACCUCUCCUCAUUGCAGUCAUAACAAUAGCUGUGACUGCACCCAGUGAAGAGUACAUCAGAGGAACUGGGGUCUGCUGGCUCAACUGGUACGAGUCCAAAGCUCUACUGGCAUUUGUAAUCCCUGCACUGAUGAUAGUGCUGAUAAACCUGAUCAUCCUAUGUGUAGUGAUAUACAAAAUGUUGAGGCGAAGGGCAGUGGGAGGCGCUGCACAAGCAGCUGAAAGGCACGUUCUAGUAGUUAUUGCUAGGAGUUUGGCUGUCCUCACACCAUUUUUUGGAAUAACUUGGGGCCUGGGAGUUGGAACUAUGACCAGUCCAAAAAAUGUAGGAAUCCAUGCUACAUUUGCCCUCUUCAAUUCACUGCAGGGUUUCUUCAUAUUGGUGUUUGGAACGCUCUUGGACAAAAAAGUGCGGUCAGAAAUAACAAUAAAGUCACAAACAUCGGGAACUGGGACGAGGAGCACCAGCGCAGGAACAUCAUCGUCAAGUGGAUUGGGUUUUUUCCGGAACUGGAGAAGAGGAAGAGAUGGUUACAACAUGUCAUCUAGUGAGUCUGGUGCAUCUCACUCCUUCACCAACACUUGAUGAUCCUGGCAGCUUUAGUCAAGCAAUGACAACCAACCAUGCAAACCAGCUGUUGCACAUUUUUAUUUGUCUCCAUUGCAGCUACAACAAGGGAAGACUAAAAAAGCAUUUAGUCAAAGUGCUUCUCACAAAUACACUAUACAAGUAUUUAAUAGUAUUACAUACCUUUUAUUAGAUGUUUAAUAGUGGUUCUAUUGUACUAGUAAUUUUCUAGCAGAUCAUAAUUAUUUUUGACAACACACAGAAUGUGUGUGUGUGUGUGUGUGUCUGUGUGUGUGUGUGUGUGUGUGUGUAAAAGUAUUCAGCACGUAGUUUUCAAACAAUGAAAUAUCCACAAAGUAGAUGCAAAAUGGUUCUUGUUUUGGUUUGCCAAUCAAAUCAGUUAGACAAGGCAAGGCUGUCUUACACAGAUCAGUGAACUUGUUUACUCAGGGGUUGGCAUCACAAUUACAAUUGCUAUCUUUCUGAGGACCUAUUUCAGUUGUAAACCACCACUGGGUCAUGGUUGGGGUUAGGAAUUUAAUUGUGAUACUUAUUGUGUGUGUGUGUUGUGUGUGUUGUUGAUGCAACAACAAAUACUACUUAAUGUUUAGUGUGUAUUUUGUGCAGUAGUUUUGUGUAGCAUAAAACUGAAGAGAAGUACAUUGUUUUUUAUUGCUGUGUGACAUGGACACACAUCAUUUUAAGUGAUUUAUAAAUGAUGCAAAAUUGCUCAAGCUGCUCACUUUAUCAAAACCCCAUUAUACUGUUUACAUGGUUUUUACAUGUGUGUUUCAGAAAGAGAGCUGAAUUCUUAAUACUGAAAUGUCAGUAUUCAGUGUUUAAUGUGCUGUAUUUUUGAAAUGAAGUAAUUUUACCUAUAGUUUUUGUAGUUUAGGAGUGAAAAACAAAGCAGCACAGUCAUUAUACUUAUGUAAAAUAAGUCUUCCACAGAGCCACUGGCAACAUAGACUGGCACACUCAUAUCACUGUCACUGCCU